UGUGAUGCUGUGGUGUUUCUGUUAUUUAACCUGCCCUACUGAUAUAAAUGAAGUGGACAAAAUAAUAGAAACACCUGUCAGUAUAACACAAUACAAUUUAACAGCACCACGAACUGCAGCCUCCAGAAUGACCAUAGAGUUGAAUCAAUCCUCUUUAAAACACUUUUAAGAAACACUGAACAUUAUAACCUUCAUGAAGGUAGAAUUAACUGCAGGUAUUAGACUAAUUCAUUUUAGCUAGAUGUACCUAAUAAACUGGCAACUGAGUGUAUAAUAACUAAGGAUGUUUUCCCCCAAACUUUAACUCUAAUUGUUACUUAUUUCAUGGACUUUUAUGUUAUAAAUACUUUUCAGGAGUUUUAAAAGUUGUCCUCUACCUUGCCACUAGAUGGAGAUGAGUGUAUAUUAGACCUAACAAGGCUAGAUGGAAGAAAUCUGUAAAAUUUGACCGGAACAGAAGAAGGUAAGACAGUUUUUCUUAGCAGCAUAUCACAUAUAGAGCAUGUCACUGUUAUGUUGUAGGGAAUUAUUAAGAAUUGUUUUAUUUCACAUUACAUUUUUAAUUUUGUUGCCGUUCUACAGAACAGUGUAUAUUUCAAUAUUGUCAAUUUGUAAUUUUUCAAUUUAGUCUUUAUUCUUCUUCUUUAGUCAUUAUUUUGUUCAUCUAAAAGAACAUCUGUUAAAACAAACAUGGGUCUCAAUGUAAUCAAGUACUUUUUCCAGAACUUGUGCACAGUUCAGUGGCGGGCUCAGUGUAAUUUUCUCCUUGAAAUUAUGGGAUGGGAGUGCUCUUCUUUGUGAGCCCAUAAAAAGCGAGCAUGACCACCUCAUUACCUCAGCAAUAAAAGAAUACAGCCUCCAGUGCAGUGUAAGCAAUGUCAGUGUGCAGAGUCCAACGGCUUGACUGGUUCGUUCUGUGGGAGAUGAUUGGCAAAGUCUUUCGCUCCGAGGUCAGACCAGCAACUGGUGUUCAGGGACCAUGCCCUCGGGGAAGACGGUCAAGCUCAUCCUGUAUGAGGUGCUGCAGUUUGCAGCCCUUGUCAUACCCAUCUUUGUGAUUAUGGAGAGGUUUGCCAGCCUCAUACGUGAUGUGAACGGACGAGAUCUAACGGCCUACUGGCUAGUGGUGGCGGCCUCUAUCGCCUAUGUGACCUCUGUGACCCUGCUGGUGUGGGUUCCUCUGAAAUAUGUGAUCCUGAAGCAACGGAGGUUCAUCUCAGAGAUCACACAGUGGAGACCAACAGCGCUGGCGUAUAUCAUCCUGUGCACAUUACCGUGCUUUGGUAUUUUAAUAGCCAGCUCCAAGGUGCAAGUGGACAGAGGACGCAGGCUCGACCAUUUCGCUGAGUUGCCCGUUUCCUUGGUGCUUGUCUCCCUCAUCUGUGUGGAUAUCAUAGAAAGGAUUCGCCCCUGCAGGUUAAUUGGACAAUCAGACAGCCUGGAUGAUGACCUUGACAUGCCAGGCCCCGUCCUCACCCACCUGCAACAGGUGACCACAGUAACAGGCCAGCUGCACACUCAUGAAGGCCCAAACGAUUUGACCCAAGGCCGUCCAGAGGCCAGGAAUGGCAGCGCCUCAGGCAGAUGGCAGGACCUCGGUGGCUCGCCCACCCGCUCAACAUUCAGCUCACGAGCACCCAGCAGUGCCUACCUGUACUCCUCAUCCUCACGCCCCCGAUCCUGCUCUGGUCAUCUGGGCUUCCUGUUGAGGAGGGAUGGAAGGUCAGAGGUGUUUGUGGAUUGUUUCCUGUUCUGGCUAGACACUGUGGAGAUGGUGAGAGUGGCAGGAGAGCCAUCAAUCUUCUACUCAGCCUGGGUGUUCCCCGUCUACAUCCUCGCCUUCAUGUCUACUCUCCGCAUAGUCAUCACUCCUCACAAUCCUUUAUUGUCUUUUGCUGGAGCUGCUCUGCAGGACCUUCCUUUUUUUAUCAUUCGAGUUGCUCUGAUUGUUGUGUUUGGUUAUGUAACUCCUGUGUUGUACCCAUUGAAAAAUGUGCUGGUGAGCCUGACUUUUAUCUACUUUACAUUCCUGACCAAGCUGAGGAUUUUCAAAAGGCAGAGCAUGUUUUGAGGAGGAGUGGCACAUUCUGUUGCUAAUGAAAGAUCCGCUUUGAUUGUGGAUGGUUGAACAGUUGGUAUAUUUAUAUGAGAAGAGUGGCACCAGAGAAACACGGUGCUGGUACUGAUGAUGAAGAAAGACAUGUUUUGAAUUGUAAUGGCUGCAAAUGUAUUACAAAGGCCAUUCAUCCAAAUGAAAGUGUAAAAUUAUUCUGGGUUUAAAACAGAAAAAGGUGUGUGGGUUGGAGUGUACAGUAAGCCACCUGUUCUCAGUAUUCUGUGAAAUAUUUGAAUCCAAAUGUAUUUAUUAAUUUUAUGUUUACUUGCUACAUUUUUCAUUUUUUAUUUGUAUAACGUGUUAAGAAACUACAAAGAGUGAUGAAAAAAACAUAUUUGUUGUGAACUAAAGAUUCUAAACCACCAAACAACCUUUACUAUAUGAAAUAAACGUCCUUUGUUUUAA